CACCAAUCGCCAUUCAGCUGUUCGCAAACGUAAGAUGACGUGCCGGGCCACGUGACCCCGUUUUUGUUGUAAGUUUUGUUUGUUUUACCCACUUCUUUCUCUCAAGCUCUCUAGCAGCGAGUGGGGGAGAGAAUGGAAGAGGCGAGGGAAAAAGGCGAGGGAGCAGGGAGCGAACGGCGCCCCCAAAGAAGAGAGGUGAGUUGCCGCUAGCUACACCGGCUACACCGGCUGCACUCGGAACAGGAAUUCGGGGCUUGAAAAUGUUUUCGCGCCUUGGCGCGCUUCGUGCUGGUCGGUGCUUCGGAGCGGCUCCUUCCUCGGGUGGCUCGUGUUUGUCGUCUGCAAACAUCGACGCGUGAAAAUCGGGACGAAGACCACUGCACCCGUGCAUCUCUCCCGGGAACCAGAGGCAACAAGUGUUUGGCCGACGACGCCGCUUCGGGGUUUUUUUUUUUGCUCGCCGCUCGUGGAAUGUCGUCUGCUUCUGCGAUCAUGGAGUAUCGUCUGCCAAAAUGAUGAAGUGGAGGGUUCAGAAGAAGAGGGCCAGGCGGGACGCCAAUCGUGCCUCCAAGAACGACGCCAGCAACGGCGAAGAGACGGACGACGUCCGGGCCUCCUUGGACUUCCUGGACCGAGUCAUCGAGGAGUACAACAGCCUUCCGGAGAGCGUCGCGGAGCAGACAUCUCUUACACCGGAAGGAGAUGACGCCCCCAGCUCGCUCAACGGGAACGAGGUCGGAGACUCGGCGGCCGAGGCGCUCGAAGCACCGGAGCAUUUCUCAAUCAACCUGGUCAUCGUCAAUGAAGUCGUUAAGGAGGAAGAACAGCCGCUUGCGGGUGACCCGGCACCGGAGCCCCCUCCGCCUCCAGUGCCGAAGAGGCUACCCCCUUUGCCACGCUCUUCCUCGGCCGGUUGCAUGACGUCGCGGGAGUACCCCGUGAGCCCGCCACCACGGAGACGCUACCUCAGCCCGGAGCGCCGACGUCGUGCCCUGCAGCUCAACAACGGCAACAAGGCCCCUAACGGCAGCGUCGCCAAUGGCAGCAUCGUCAAUGGUCACAUCGCCAGUGGCAACAUUGUCAACGGCAACGCCGCCGGUAGCAACGGAAUUCGCGACUUCAGAAGGAGUCCCGCCACGCUUCAGGACGCUCGAGACAGUUUCUUGAAGGAGCUAAGCUUCCAGAAGGCACCUCAGUCUUUCACUACGGGUUCCGUCGACAACCGCCUCUCGAACAUUUCGAAGGUCUGUUUCGAAGACCAAGAACCGAGUGACGAAGAGGACCCGCUGUUUAAGCAAACAUCCGACUUACAACAGGAUCGAGACGCUUUUCCGAAACACGGCCAGCAGAGCGCUCUGCAAAGCGUCCAAGAUUCCCAGUUCAGGAAAGGUCAUACUGUGCGGAACGGAAACGGUUGUCACCAUGAAGAUGAAGAUGACGGCUCGGGCAACAGUAGCGACAACCUUAAAAUGACCGUUACCAUCCGCACAGUGCCGGAGAUGGGCAGCUUCCGGCGGAAGUCCGAAUCAAGAAAUUCCAUCCACGUCGACUUUAGCGUUCGCGACGGUCACUCGUGCAACGGGAAGGGCGGGGGAGGUACCGUCACUACUUCCGGAGAAAACGGGACAGGGAACGUCCAAAGUUCGGGACUAACCCGAAGUCGAAGCCUCCGGGGUCAACGCAACCACCACGAAGACAUUUCCAACUGCGAUCGGCCGCGGAGAACCUGGGAAGACUUCUCGCCACCGCCACUGCCGCCGCGAAAAGCCAAGGAAGAUGUCAACAGGAAACCACAGUUCUCCUCUUCACCCACCACCAAGAGGGUCACCUUCCAGAUUGUUUCUCCACUAGAACCUCCCGCGGUUCAAGAGCCUCUCCAACCAGAUGACACCGACACGACGCCAGAGGACACCUUCUUCACCAGGCCUCAUCGGUCAGCGUCCGUUGGCAAAUCAACCAAGCUGAACCCGGCCAUUCGAAACGGAUCUUCGUCGCCACCUAGCUACGGGGGGCUCGGCACCAACGGGAGGAUCGACAGUAAGGACGCGAACAAGGAAAGCAAGACAAAGGACAGUGGCAUUAACAGAAGGACGCAACUGGGACAACUGGACAAGGAACACAUGGUCAAGUCGUCAUCGUUCAGCGUGAUGAGCAAGACGUUCGAGCCCCCGUCGUCGGUGAGCGACGUGUCGACGGACUGCUACAACGUGUACAACGUUCGCACGCGCAAGAUCUCGUCCAGCGUGACCAAGCCUGACGUCCUCGGAGGAAGGGCCAGGUCCCCGCUAGAGUCGGUUCAGACGUCCAACGGUUCGGGCGUCGUGAUCCGCAGGGAAGGGCAGUUCUCCAAGCUGAGGAACAUGUCCCCUACCAGGGAGGCCGAGAAACUCAUCGGCAAGAUCAUCUCCAGAUGCAAGUCCGGUUCCGCCCUUGGCAACAAAGAGCGCAAGGCAGCGGUCGAGACGAGACAGGCACCGUCCCAGCCUCAGCAGCAACAGCAGCCGCUUCGGACGCUAAAGCUGACUCCGAGGCAGCAGCAGAGACACAGCAGGUGCACCAAGUGUGCUCUCGCACAGAGCAAGUGAACUGCUUCGUCGACGAGUGAAUGUCACUCAAAGCCGGCGACUACAGCAACCACAUGCGUGGAGUGACUGCUGGGCAUGAAAGCUACACGUUCCCGAAGUUCCUAAUGUUGGGAAGCGCCGAGGAACACAAAGGAAUUCCAGCGAACAUAUGUGUGGUCGUGUCACGGGUGUAUGGGACAACUAUGCUUUGCUUGUGCUCGAUUCCCACUAGAGCAACAAACGGAAAAAACCGACACCGAGCAACCUCAAGCACGUGCCGCAUGCCCGCGAAUGUAUCUUUGGCAGGAUUGUAGUCACUCGUGCUUAUUUUACUAGCAUCGAGUGACUGCAAACCUGCCCAAGAUACCUUCGCGAGCAUGCUGCAAUCACGUGCUUAGGUUGGUCGGUGUCGGUUGGUAUCUCGGUCUGCCGAGUUGGGGGGACUCGGGCAUAGAGGGAGGCACCGUGACGCACGUGGGAGCACCGGUCUGACAGAUACAAGUAAUCACUAAUCUAAACCAGAAUAUAUGUAUAUUGUGACCUCGUGACCAAACUGUCCGGAGUGCAUGUACCAUAGAUGAAAGUAGACUGAACGCGUAAGUUAAGUGUCUCAAAGCUGAUUGAAAGAGCUGCGUUGAGCGCACUCCAACAAGUGACGGUACAAAGUGGCAUAACGUUGUCGAACUGAGCCCGAAUCAAAAAUGGUGAUCGUCGCAAGCCCAGUGUCUAUGGACAUAACGCUAACUCGAACAAAGCACUGGAGUGGUACACGUCACACGUGGUGCAUCCAGCAAAUGAGCGUCGCUCCUUGGUUCGAACUCCCGGGCGGCUUCAACAAUGUGUACUUGUACAUUAGAUUAUAAUUAAAGCAACUCGAGAUUCUUCA